AGAUUAGAUAUAAAUAUCAACCAAGACAAUGGUUGAGAGGGUAAAUCACCUUCCCUAUUUCUACGGCAGCAUCACACGAGAUGAAGCAGAGCACUUCCUGGCGCAGGCUGGAAAGGCUGAUGGCCUCUAUCUUUUACGCCAGAGUCGCAGCUACCUUGGGGGUUUUGCCUUGUCCGUGGCAUAUGGCAAGAAGUGCCAUCAUUAUACGAUAGAAAGAGAAUUAAGUGGAACUUAUUGCAUAUCCGGAGGAAAGUCUCACAAAAGUCCCGUGGACGUCUGUGAGUACCACACUGAAGAAACUGAUGGCCUUGUCUGCCUUCUGAAAAAACCCUGUGGUCGACCAGGUGGAAUUCAACCAAAAACAGGACCUUUUGAACAUCUGAAAGACCAUUUGAUCAGGGAAUAUGUUCAACAGACGUGGAACUUGAAGGGAGAUGCUCUCGAACAGGCAAUCAUCAGCCAGAAGCCACAGCUGGAGAAACUAAUUGCAACAACAGCCCAUGAGCGAAUGCCUUGGUUCCAUGGGAAGAAAUCCCGAGAUAAUGCUGAGCGAUGCAUGCUCAGAGGCUCACGGAAAAAUGGAACAUUUUUAAUAAGAGAUCGUGAUGACAUGGGAUCAUAUGCGCUCUGUUUGAUUUCCGAUGGUAAAAUAUAUCAUUAUCGAAUUGACAAGGAUAAAACGGGCAAGCUAUCCAUUCAAGAUGGAAAAAAGUUUGACACCCUCUGGCAGAUGGUUGACCACUAUUAUUACAAGUCAGAUGGGCUUCUUCAAGUUCUCACUGAGCCGUGUCCAAAUCUGGACCACCCAGUCGAUUCAAUUGGAGUAACUCCAUCACCUCCAAUUCCUCGCAACCAUCCUCAGCGAGAGGGAGAAGGUGGAAUAUUCUCCAGAAUCAGAUCCGCAUCCUUUCCAAAACCUGAUUUUGGCAAAGUGCUUGAAUCGAGUAACUAUUUCACAGUUUUCAAAAAGAAAUCAACAAUGGGUGACCGUUCCGCUAGUGCAGCCAAUUUUAAUGCCUACAUGCCCGGACCUCAUAAACAGGCUGGAGGAGCAGAAGCAGGCGCCCGGAAAGAUGCCAUGCCUAUGGAAACCAACGUCUAUGAAAGCCCUUAUGCAGACCCCGAAGAGCUGAAGGGAAAGACACUUUAUUUGAAAAAUGAUGCCCUCAUACUGGAAGAAAAGGAGCUUGGAUCUGGUAACUUUGGUACAGUUAAGAAAGGAAUUUACAAAAUGAGGAAGAAAGAUAUAAGUGUUGCAGUAAAAGUAUUAAAGAGCAAUGAUCCCGCAGUGAAGGAUGAGUUGAUGAAGGAGGCACAAUUCAUGCAUCAGCUGGAUAACCCUUACAUUGUCCGCAUGAUCGGCAUCUGUGAGAGAGAGUGUCUGAUGCUCGUGAUGGAACUCGCUGAACAAGGACAGUUGAACAAAUUUCUAGCAGCUCACAAAGAUAUUAGCUUAAACAAUGUAGUUGAAUUGGUACAUCAGGUGGCCAUGGGCAUGAAGUACUUGGAAGAGAACAACUAUGUGCAUCGGGAUUUAGCUGCAAGGAAUGUUCUCCUCGUAACUCAGCAUUAUGCAAAGAUCAGUGACUUUGGCCUGUCGAAAGCCAUAAAUUCUGAGGAGAAUUACUACAAGGCCAAAAGUACAGGCAAAUGGCCAAUAAAGUGGUACGCACCAGAAUCCAUUAACUACUACAAGUUUUCCAGCAAAAGUGAUGUCUGGAGCUUUGGCGUGAUGAUGUGGGAAACAUUUUCCUAUGGGCAGAAGCCGUUCAAAGGAAUGAAAGGUCAAGAGGUUGUACAAAUGAUCGAAGCAGGCCAACGAAUGGAUGCACCACCCAGAUGCCCCAUUGAAAUGUUUCAAUUGAUGAAGGAAUGCUGGACGUACAAAGCAAACGAACGUCCAGGAUUUGCCACGGUGGAGCACAAGCUGCGUGAAUAUUACUAUGACAUUUCCAAGGAAUAGAACGCUUAAGAAGUACAGUAUUUGACUGAUAAGUUAGACAGAAUUUGAAAAGAUUUGUACUUGCCAUGCUGUUCAUGCUAUUCAUUGAUAAAAAUGAAACUGCCUCAAAGCAUUUUAAAGAAAAUAAAUAUUGCAAAUUUUCUUUGACAUAUAAAGAAUAGGAAACGUUAUUUCCACAUGGUAGACCAGGACCUUGAGGUGCAAAACUGUGUACUCCAGGAUUCCACCUAUUUAACCUUUAAAUGUCAGCAGUUUAUCUUACAUCCAUGUUAUUGAAGGUAUUGACCCUACAUAGCCCCACCCUGAAUGCCCCGCUAGGUCCAUCUUUGUUCUCAGCGGCCCAGCUGGCUCUCCGUGGCCUCUCCUCGGCCCGACCACCUCGCCCCCUCAUACAGUUCACCUGUGAGCCGUCCUGCUCCUCUCCUCUCUGGACCUUUAGCCUACAUUCCCUGGCUGGGGUGCGCAAUGAAAAAUGUCACUGUAAACACCUUCGACAGUUUAUGCCAUUGUGAUGUGUGCCCUUAAGCAAAAUCAAACCCUAUUGGGCCUGCCCCACUUACGCAACUUUUUUGGCGACUUUUUCGGUGACUGCCGGCACCCGUCAUAGGCUGUUGCAGGUCUCCGAAAAUUUUCAACAUGUCGAAAAUCCAGCGGCGACCAGAACAAGGUACGACUCUUUGGGCGACUACUCACGACCAUACAGGCUUCACCCCGCGACAUGUCAUCAGGGUGUCGCCUGUAUGGUCGUGAGUAGUCUCCUCAGUCGCCCAAAGAGUCGUAGCGUCUUUCUGGUCGUCGUUGGAUUUUUCAACAUGUUCGGCGACCUGCAAUGACCUAUGACUGGUGCCGGCAGUCGCCGAAAAAGUCGUGUAAGUGGUUCAGGCCCAUUCGUUUUUUCAUUAAAGUUGUGCCUUUUAAAGCUGGAGUUAAGACUGCCGUAUCUGCUAGACUGACCAAAGCUCAUUUUAAGAUCAGGUCCAGUAAAAUGGUCAAAGUUACAAAUGUAAUGGUUAUUUAAAUCUGGGGCUUCCACACCCUGUUUCUUGCAUUCAUUGAAACGACCUCCUGUACACGGGUCAUAAGUUGCAGAGCUGUACUGUGAAGAUUUACAAAUCCAUCAAAAUGGGUAAAAGAAAAUCGCAAAAAAUUAAAGAUACUACACCGUAAACCAUUGACAUAGAUCAAAGCAUGUUGACAGUUAUGCAAUCUCCACGUAUUUUUAUUCAUUUCAAACCAUGUGUGUAAUAAAAGAUGCAGACUGAACCAUCUAGAAAAUAAAGGCAAAAUGUAGGAAGAAAUACAUCCAGGAAAUUUUGAUCGUGGACAUUAGUCUAACAGACAAGUAUGCAUCAACUCCUUCUCUAUGAUCCAAAGUUCCACAGUCCAUUUAAGUGUUACAAAAUAUAGUUCUAAUCUUGAAAGUAUAUGCAAGUCAGAAUUAAAGUAUAAAAUCAAAAGUCAGCAGUCCAGGCAAUAUCCGUGGAAAGAGAAACGGUUAAUGUUCAAGUUGGAGUCCUUCCUCCUAACUAUAAUUAAACUAAAGUUAAAUGUUUGAGGGGGGUCUCCAUCAUGAAACGUGACCUGUUUCUUUCUCCACAGAUGCUGACUGGCCUUCUAGAUGUUUCCAGCUUUUCCUGCUUUUAUUUUUGAUUUUCUGUUAUGAAAACAAAUCCAAAUUUAUAUCUAGGAUAGACAUAAAAUGCUGCAGUACCUCAGCGGGCCAGACAGCAUCUCUGGAGAGAAGGAAUGGGUGAUGUUUUGGGUCGAGACCCUUCUUCCUACCAAAUUUAUAUCUUCCUGCAAUUGAAUUUCACUGUUUUCUAUGUAUAAUGCAGAAAAAAUUAUCUCUUCUACAUUGGCUACUAUCAGUAAGAAAAUUCAAAUUGCAGUUUCCACUGUUUACAUGGUGGAAACUGGUAUACCCUUUUCUGAUCUCCAUCAUCAAUUGCUAACUUUUAACACAUUUAAAAACUGGAAGAGAGCCUGACAUGAAGAUAAAUUCAUUCAUAAAAUCAGUCAUUAAUUUCAAACCUGGACACGUUUUAGGGGAACAUAUUAUUAAAUUUUACGUUUGACAUUGUAGUUUGUCUGCAAAGGAACCAAGACAGAAUUACUGAAAAUCAGAUCUUCAGAUUCCUGAUCCACACUUCAUUGCAAAUGAAGGUCUGCACUAAGCAUGCAAUUUUAUAGAGUUGCCCUCUCUGCUUGUUAAAUUCAAACUAGCAAAAUGGAUGUCAUCAAAACGGAAUGCAUUUUGUAAAUGAAGGACCAUCACCUUGUCGUGGUGUAUCUACAUCAAGGUACAAACUUGUUUUUUCUAUACGAUUCAGAUAAUUUUAGCUAGGAUAGGGGAAUGGGGAUUAAAUAGUCCCCACUAUAAUAAUUUUUGAUGGCCAUUGCUGUAUUUAUACAAAAUUCUUUGCCAGGAAAAAUGAAGAAAAAUGUGUGGAUACAAUUUGCAAAUCUCAUUUAAUUAAAUAAAAUUAUUGUCUGAAUUAACUAA